AUGGACCCAAAAGACAACGUGAACACCUCAGCUACCGCGUCUGUACUCAGCAUGGGCAUGCGAGUCGUGGACGAGAAAGCGACCCUGCCGUCGGACUCGGAGACAACGCGAGACAUUCAGCAACGUAUCCUGGAAGAUCAGGCUGGUUCAAGCGCGGCAGAACGGCCGACAACUAACCUGUCCAGUCUCUGGCGUCGUCAGAACACCUCGAAAAAGCCCGGUGAUAUUGCGACUCAACCUUCCGUAUUCGACGAUCCCCAACUAGCGGUGUAUUUCCAGCCGCCAGACAAAUACGAGAACCGGCAUCGUUUCGAUGCGAACUUUCGCUGGACUUGGGCUGAGGAGAUACCACUGAUCAGAAAGAUUGACUGGCGUGUGACAGCUUGGUCUUGCCUUGCAUUUUUCGCACUCGAUCUAGACCGAUCCAACAUUAGCCAGGCCAACUCGGACAACUUUCUGGAAGAUCUAGGCUUGGACACGAACGACUACAAUCUUGGUCAGACGGUGUUCCGAGUCUCCUUCUUGCUGGCUGAACUGCCGAGUCAAUUGAUCAGUAAGAAGAUUGGACCCGAUCGUUGGAUCCCUGCACAAAUGAUCCUCUGGAGCGUCGUGAGCGCCUCCCAAUUUUGGCUCAACGGGCGGUCUUCGUUCCUGGCGACCCGUGCAAUCAUUGGGCUGCUUCAGGGCGGUUUCAUUCCCGAUGUCAUCUUAUACAUGUCCUACUUCUUCAAGAGCACUGAGCUCCCAUUCCGUUUGGCCUUGUUCUGGAUGGCGAAUCGUUUAACCGAUGUCAUUGCGCCGUUACUAGCGUACGGCCUUCUCCGUCUUCGAGGGUACCAUGGCUACGAGGGAUGGCGGUGGCUAUUCCUUCUCGAAGGCGUACUGACGUUAGUCAUUGGGAUCUGGUCCGUGUUUAUCAUGGUGCCCUCUCCCACACAGACAAAGGCGCUUUGGCGGCCUAACGGAUGGUUCACCGAGCAUGAAGAAAAGAUCAUGGUGAAUCGCAUCUUACGAGAUGAUCCGUCCAAGAGCGAUAUGCACAACCGCCAGGCUAUAACGUUGAAGAUGCUGUGGGAAUCGCUGUGUGACUACGACCUAUGGCCGAUCUACAUGAUCGGCCUUACGUUUUCUAUUCCAGCCGGACCACCUGAUCAAUACCUAACUCUAACUUUAAGACAAUUGGGCUUCGAUACCUUUGACACUAACCUACUUAGUAUCCCUUGUCAAGUUGCAACCACAAUCAAUAUGCUCAUCUUGACGUGGAUUUCAGAAAAGAUCAACCAGAGGGCAUUGCUUGGCAUUCUCGUCGAGCUAUGGCUGCUCCCCUGUGUCAUUGCCCUUGCAGUGAUCCCCUCCGGCGUCAGCAGAUGGGCCACAUAUGCGUUGGUAAUCGUACUAUUGUCUUAUCCCUCCCCCCAUCCCAUGCAAGUUGGCUGGGCGAGCCGCAACUCCAACACCGUCAGGACAAGAACGGUCUCGGCCGCGCUCUACAAUAUGUCUGUUCAACUUCAAUCCAUCAUCAGCGCCAACAUCUACCGACGAGACGAUCGUCCGGAGUACCGCCGUGGCAAUAGGGCGCUGGUCGGAAUCGCAAGCCUCAACGUGGUGAUCUACGCGGCUGCUAAGGUCUAUUAUGUCUGGAGGAACAGACAGCGAGACCGGAUCUGGGACGCCAUGUCACCGGAGGAGCGCCAACGAUACCUCGAUACCACCACAGACAAGGGCAGCAAGAGACUGGACUUUCGAUUCGCGAGUUGA